GGGCGCGUGACCCAGGCUGCUCAUGGACUUCCUACGGCACAUUGGCGCGCGGACUGAACCAGAGUAUUUGAAUUAACGGGUGUGUUUAAUCGUGAGGGUGGGAUUUCGGGAGACAUGCCGUCCAAUAAGAGCGUCUCGGAUGCUCCGAUCACACAGUUUGUGAACUGCAGGAUCCUGAAAGACCACAGACUGCAAAGGGAAGAUCUGUGGGUGCGGGAGGGCAAGAUUCUGAACCCAGAGAAACUGUUCUUCGACGAGGAGGGUUUCGCAGAUCACAAAGUUGACUGCGGGAAUAAAAUCAUUGCACCCGGGUUCAUAGACGUCCAGAUAAAUGGUGGAUUUGGCAUAGACUUCUCCCAGGCCAGCAGUGACAUCAGAGGGGGCGUGGCUGUGGUGGCCAAAAAGAUUCUAGAACAAGGUGUCACGUCCUUCUGCCCGACCCUCGUCACAUCUCCACAAAACAUAUACCAUCAGGUCAUCCCACAGGUCAGAGUUCAGGAUGGAGGACCUGAAGGGGCUGGAGUUGUAGGUGUUCACCUGGAGGGGCCAUUUAUAAGUGUAGAGAAGAGAGGCGCGCACCCUCCUCAGUUCCUCCGCACUUUUAAAUCAGGGGGUGUGGCCGACCUGAUGGAGACCUAUGGGCACCUGGAGAAUGUCGCCAUGGUGACACUUGCACCAGAACUGGCCAAUAGUGGAGCAGCAAUCCGUGAACUGGUAGGACGAGGCAUAGUAGUGUCAGUAGGUCACUCUAUGGCUGAUCUGUCUCAGGCUGAAGAGGCCGUGCAGAAUGGAGCCUCAUUCAUCACGCACCUAUUUAAUGCCAUGUUGCCUUUUCAUCAUCGGGACCCAGGUAUUGUAGGAUUGCUUACAAGCGAUCACAUACCGCCCAGACAGACAGUUUACUACGGUAUGAUUGCAGAUGGGAUACACACACACCCUGCUGCCCUACGCAUUGCACACAGAGCUCAUCCUGCAGGUUUGGUGUUGGUAACUGACGCUGUGACAGCGAUGGGCCUCCCACCUGGUCGACACACACUCGGACAGCAGCAGAUAGACAUCCAGGGGCUUCAUGCCUACGUUGCAGGCACGACCACUUUGAGUGGCAGCAUUGCUACGAUGGACAUGUGUGUAAGACACUUUAGAGAGGCAUCAGGUUGUACAGUAGAAGCUGCAUUAGAAGCUGCAUCGCUGCAUCCUGCACAGCUGCUGGGUGUCAGUCACAGGAAGGGAACACUGGAAUACGGCUCAGAUGCAGAUUUCGUAGUGCUUGAUGACUCACUGACAGUCAGAGAAACCUACAUUGCCGGCCAGCAGGUCUGGAGGAAGUGACAUCAUCAAGAGGACUGUCUUCUGAUUGGACAGAUAGAGAAGCCUUUUCGACCACAGAACUUUGAUUUUUUAAAAGGACAAAAAACAAACACAUUCUCUCUUUUCGAGGGUGAUAGUAUUUCUGAAUAUGUUGAUUAUUGAUUGAUUCCUGUGUAAAAAGACAAACUGGUUUAUACAGGCACUAUUGUGACAUACUGUAUGUUCAUGAAGCUGCUGAAUAUUUGUGUUGGGACAUCUGAACAAGAGCCAGAAUCAUUGUAACAUACUGUGCCCUAUGGAUUGUGAGUGUUACUUCAAAGCUCAGGAUGUGGAACAGAAGUCAUUUCAGGACAUUUCAGGAAAAUUAAACAUUUGAUCACAUCCAAUCAACUGAUUACAGUCUAUCAUGUUCUUUUCAAUGUCAGUGUCUUUGUGUGUCUAUAAAAAGUCUUGAUUUUGAUCAAUUUGAUUGUUGAUCAAGAUUCAUUUGAUCGAACCUACGUCCUGAAUCAAGCAUCUGUUUAGUUCAGUAAAACAGAGCUGCUUUUAAACCAGACACAAUAUGUCUACAAAACUCAACUUUUCAUUGACAAUAUUCAGAUUCUUUCAUUGAAAGGAGCUUUUGUAAGUGUUUGAGUCAAUGGAAGGAUGGCAGACUAGACUUGUUUGUCUUGCUGUUGGUCCUCUGAGCAAAUAUUCUGAUUGGUCCGUCAGGUAAACAUGUAUGUGCCAUGACAUCAGAAAUAAAGACGCUUGUGCCUAGUUUAAAAGAUGCAUGCCACCAACGAUCUGGAAAAUACAGCAGCUACACAAACACGCGUGCACGGUUAAAUCCCUGAUUUAUUCAUACUUGAUUCUGAUUAGACAAUCAAAGCCUUCUAUGAUCAGAUAUUUUCUAUAAUGACUGUUAAACUGUUUAAUAAUAAAAAUAAUACAUGCCAUGUC